UGAUGAGUGGUCCACUCCCUGGUACUAGCUUGGGAUCGCAUGCAUGGUUUCUUAGUGAUGUCUGCCAAAGCUCAUGUCUGAAUGAGGUUUCUGAGAAGUUAGGAAAUGAAAGCUCUAAUGCUGCUAUUGUGAAUGAAAAGGUUUAUCAAUUGUCAACAGAGGAAAUAGCAGAAUUUUCUAAAGAUUUGGAAGCUUUAAUUUCCAAGCUCAACCCUACUGCCGAGCUCUGCUGGAAUCUUCACCCCCAACUGGCUAAGAAAUUGACUAUGUCUUUGGCAGAGUGUUUUAUGUACUCUAGAUGCUUAUCUUUGAUUGCACAGCAGGUUCAUAAUGCUGCAGAGGAUGACAGUAAAAGUCAUUUGCCGUUUAAUUCAGCUGACCAGUUCUCGGAUCAUUGGAAGACUGCUCUAGAAGGACUUGCUGAACUCAUAAUGAUACUCCAAGCAAACAGCUGCUGGGAAGUUGCUUCCGUGAUCCUUGAUUGCCUACUUGGAGCACCUCACUGUUUUUCCCUGGAUAAUGUGAUUGCUUCUAUCUGUUCUGCAAUUAAAAGCAUUUCUUGCAGUGCACCAAAAAUCUCAUGGCGCUUGCAGACUGAUAAAUGGUGUUCGAUUUUACUUGGAAGAGGUAUCAAUAUUCUUCAUGAAAGUGUGGAUCAUCUGGUUGACUUGUUCUGUACAAUGUUGGGUCAUCCUGAACCUGAGCAACGAUUUGUAGCACUUCACCACUUGGGAAAGCUUGUUGGCACUGAUGUGAAUGAAGGAACAGCUAUUCGGUAUUCUAUGUUUUGCAAAAAUUUAGUUUCACCUGGCUUGGUUAUUUCUGUUCCCGAGUCUAUUCUAUCUCAUCUUGUGUCAAGCACAUGGAAUUGGGUGGCAGUGCUGGCAUCAUCUGAUACAUCGCUACCAUUAAGGAAUUGUGCACUGGCAGUUCUCAUAGAUUAUAUCCCAUUUGCUGAGCGUCAUCAGUUGCAAUCAUUUCUUGCAGCAGCUGAUAGUGUUUAUGGUUUGGGAAAGCUUGCACAUCCAACAUGUGAGGGCUCGUUACUACAACUUUCAUUAGCACUUAUAUCUGCUGCUUGUCUGUACUCUCCUGCUGAAGAUAUUUCUUUGAUUCCUCAAAAUGUGUGGAGAAAUAUUGAGGCAUGGUCACAAACUGAUAGUAAGCUUGGGGAUCUGGAGAAAAAGGCUUGCCAAGUCUUGUGUAGAUUGAGAAAUGAAGGAGAUGAAGCUAAAGAGGUCUUGAAUGAAGUGCUCUCUUCAAGUUCUUCAAGACAAUCUGAUCCAGAUUUUGGGAGUACCCGUGAAUCAAUCCUUCAGGUUCUUGCAAAUCUAACUUCUGUUCAGUCGUACUUCGAUAUCUUCUCCAGAAAAAUUGACGAAGAGGUCUUGGAACUAGAGGAGGCUGAAAUGGAAUUGGACAUCCUUCAAAAAGAACACUCACUACAAGAAGAUUCCAAAGAUGUGCCUCAGAUUCCUUGUCAAGCCUGUAAACCAUUUCUGACCUUUGCAUCUACAUCUCAUUGGCUGCUUAAAACUCCUAUGAAAGAUGUUACACGCCUUCGUCAAAUCAAGGAUUGCAUUCAUUCCCUAGAGAAGUCUAUACUCCGAGAGGACAUAGUAGCCCGAAGGCAAAAGAAAAUUAUUAUGGGACGUGCCCGUCAGAAAUACUUGGAAGAGGCAGCUUUACGUGAAGCAGAACUUCUGCUAGAACUUGAUAGGGAGAGGGCAGCUGAAUUGGAAAAGGAGAUUGAAAGACAGCGGUCGCUCGAACUUGAGCGUGCUAAAACCAAGGAGCUGCGCCACAAUCUUGAUAUGGAGAAGGAGAGGCAAACACAAAGAGAACUCCAGCGAGAAUUGGAACUGGCUGAAUCGGGAUUACGAACAUCCCGACGAGAUUUUUCUUCCACUGGUCACAGUAGUCGACCAAGGGAAAGGUAUCGUGAAAGGGAAAAUGGAAGAUCCGGUAAUGAAGGGAGCACAAGAAGUAGUGGAAGCCUACAACCUGAAACUUCUACCAGUAGUACGUCAGUGAUGCCAACUGUUGUUCUGCGUCAAUUUUCUGGCCAGCUGCCAACUAUUUUACAGUCGCGUGAUCGCCCAGAUGAGAGCGUUAGCAGUUAUGAAGAGAAUGUAGAUGGAAGCAAGGACUCUGGUGACACAUGUAGUGUUGGGGAUCCUGAGUUGGUCUCAGCAUUCGAUGGACCGUCAGGCGGAUUUGGGUCUGCGCAAAGGCAUGGAUCCAGAGGGAGCAAGUCUAGGCAGGUGGUAGAGCGGAGAGAACGGGAAGGUAGGCGUGAAGGGAAGUGGGAAAGAAAACAUUCAUAGCUCGGGGCCUGGAAAUGGACCUGAAAGUGAGGAUUACUUGGUGUAUACACGCGUUGGAGUGUAAUAUUUGUUCUCAAUGCUUGUAAAUAUACGGGAGAAAAAAUGCUCGAACAGUGAUAUUAAACAUUAUCCACUCCCUGUAGUUUUAUUCGGAUUCAAGCGGAGUAGGAUAUUUCUGCAACACAAGCUGAAUUACACUUUUAAGACACCGUACGUAAUAAUCUCAGUUGUAACCUUAAUUACGGACCGAAGUGUAUCACAAUAAACGAUCUCUUGUCCAUUAGGACCAAGACCCAAUGUUUUGUGAUCUUUUAUAUUUACUUUCAAGGCUGCUGUCAGCAUAAUUUGUGUGCA